AUGUGGAAGGAACCGGAAAUUAACGCGAACAAUUGGCCCAGUGCUGACCAACUAUCUGGAUUGUGGGUGCACUUGAUGGGAGAGCUAAGCAUCAGGACCUUACUGUAUUAUCAGGCUGCAAAAUGUCGAUGCUGGAUCGAACAAUUAUUGAGUGAGAAUAACAUGACCACCAGCACUUUGGUAUUCGACAAGGACUCUGGUGCACCAUAUCUAAAAUCGCAGCAUAAUGUGGAAAUGCUGGGAUUGAUUUGUUUGGAAGCUGACGGAUUUGAAAUCGUACUGAGUACGCUGAGUGUUAUGUUGAAUCAGAUGAGAGAGGUGCCUCUGCUGAUUCAGAUAUGCACGAAGGAUCUGACUCAACCAGAGAUAGAGGGAUUAGCUACGCAGAUCUUAAGGCGUUGCCAGGAGCUCCUAAUGCCGAAUGCUUAUCGCUCUAAUUUGACGCUGUACCCCACCCAAUUGGAUAAUCUAUAUGGGCAUGUUUUGAGGACUCAACCAGAUCUGGCACAGCCGUACACAUUUAUGUACAGGGAUGGAAAGGGAAAGCUGGUGAUAUCCGGUGUGGCCUGGCAUUUAGUGAAGGAGUUUGCUCGCCAAUUGAAUGCAUCGCUUCAGCUCAGCUUUGAGCCAACUGCAAGCAAAUCCGUUGUAAAAAGCUAUUAUACAAUAAUACAGCAUGCCCGUAAUAGGACCAUAGACAUAUCUAGCAGCUUUAUUUCGCCCCACUACGAUAGAAACCUUCAGUUAUUCAGCUACCCACGCGAUAGUUUCAAUGUCUCUUUUGGCUACACAGUUUUCUCCCUGAAAUGGCGUAUAUAUGCGGAAUUGCAGAAAUAUUUCAAGCAUCCUCUGUUUCGGUAUGAUAAAGAUUUGUGUAUUCGUCAAUUAUCAUUGCAAUCUCUUGCCUACCAAGAAAACUCCAUCUACCGCCAUGAACUAAACAUAUAUAUUCUAAGGCUACGCCAAAGCGGUGUUUUACUGUAUUGGUAUCAUAACAGCUUAUAUGACAUGAUACGUGCUGGCUAUUACAGCCUUAAGGAUUUUAGUCAACUAUUCGAGGCUAGAUCGCUUACAUGGAACGAUUGCAAUUUUAUUGGGGUGCUCUACGCAUACGCAAUUGGCAUAUCACUGCUGGUAUUUGUACUUGAGUUGUUAGUUUACUAUAUCAAAGUUUGCCUGUACCUGAUUUAAGAAUUUGUUAUUAACAAAAAGUCUAAGAUCUUAA